AUGGCGGCUGGUGGCGCACGGAGAACAGUUGUAGAUAGAUAUUUUACGCGUAUCUUUAGGACAGACAUCAAGGGCAAACUUUGCGAAGACCAGUGUGUUUUACAGCAUUCAAACAAGAUUUGUGUUGUAACUGUUGCACCUAGUCAUCCAUUACUCAAAUGUAAGGAGAUAUCAAAUGUGAAUUUCCAAGUGAGUACCAAGGUGAAUAGACUGGAUAACAAGGUGUCAGGAAAAGGAAAGAAAGGUGCACAAUAUCUUCUGCCAGAGUCUCUAAUUUGUGAAGUCACAUGCUCCAAUGGUGCUAAAUAUUCACUCUAUAGCUGCAUUAAAGGGAAGCUUGUUGAAGUGAAUGAAGAGCUGGUUUCCAGGCCACAUCUCUUGUUGGAAAAGCCAGAAACUGAAGGUUAUCUUGCUGUUGUUCUUCCAAAACUCACUGAAAAUAUCCUGGAUGGACACCUAACAAAAGAGGAAUAUGACAAACUUCUAGAGGACAGAAAAUCAUCAAAUGGUACAAGUGAGUUGUAAAAGGUGAUUUUAGAGAGGAAAGGAUGUAGAAAAUUGAAGAGGUGGAUACAGACCUUAUGUGUUGCUUUAUGGCGUGAAGAAGAAGCAAGGUGGUAACAGUGGAGGCACAAGUUGGCCUCAACAUGGCUGGUAAGGAUAAAGAAUUACUCUUUUACGUCGGCUUUGGAGCACACUGGCUGAGACAUUGUCCCACGUUCUUGAUGGUACUUGUAAGAAGCAGCUUUAUGUUGUUAGCAGUCUAUGGUGUUGACAAUUUACAGUAACACUCGGGGAACGUUCGCCCUCAGUAAAUGUCAUUCGUUCCCGCUUUGGUCCUCGACACGAGCUGAAAUCUCAAGCUUGAAAAGCUGCUAGGAAUAUUACAUCUACUACAAGCGGGAACUGAAUAACUUGGUUAUUAUAUCAUUUUAGAAAACAGGCCUAAGAAAAUACGCGCGCUAAUUGGUCAAAAAUGGUGUUUCUAUUGAACAAUUAGCUUAUGAGCUUGAGAUUUCUAUCACGCAUGGAAAUCGAGAGCGAAUAAUCUAAUUGUUUCAGUAUAAA